GUACGUGUGCAGAGGCCAUUGCCUUUCAUGCCGAUUUCAAACGUCAUCUCAGGAAUGUUCCUGUAAACACCAUUAUUAAAUUUGACAAUGUCCAGUUGAACAAAGGCAAAGGAUACGAUCCAAAAACAGGGGUCUUUACAGCACCGGAGGAUGGUCUUUACUCUUUUGAUUGGUUAUCUAUGUCUACGAGGGGUGCAAGUUUAUACCUUUGCGUCGUUGUUGAUCAUGACUGCCGUGUGGGUACCUGCAUUGAUAAACAACAAAGUGGAUCUACAACCGGACACUUUGUAACUGACCUGAAGAAAGGAAGCAGAGUAUGGAUCCGGGUUGCCUACCGCAAUGCACAGUUAAUUAAUGGUGCUUUGUACAAUUACUUCUCUGGAUUCAAAAUCAAUUAA